AUGGGCGAUCUUUCUGAAUCCGACAAUGUCGCAUCCGGUGAUCAUGCGCCGGAAUUUGGUGUUAGCCAUGCGCACUGGGCGGCUGGGCUGAGCCACAAGGAUAGGCGAUCGGAAGAUUUGCUGGUUGAUUUGCAGCCCGAGCUGGUGCGAGGAGUGCCCAUGAGCAACAUCUUAAGACGCUUUGGGCUCGAAUGGAGACGGGGCAGUGAACGGGGAUCCUUCUUAUGGAGGCCAGAGCUUUCCAAGCAGACGCAGCGCUACAGCUUCUUCUUCAGUCAUGAUUGGGAAACAUCGAGGUGGAUGAAAUACCUGUCGCUGGUGAUUUACUUCAACAGCCGUGCAGCCGCAACAGCGACUUGUGUCAUGUCUCUGGCACUAGGUGUCCUAAGUGCAUGGACACGAGAUAUGCCGGACGGAUGGAUUCUGCCCAGGACUGCUUGGUGGACCGUGCUUGGGCAUGUGGUCGGAAUUGUGUUCUUGCUCUUCUGGCAGCACCUGUGUGAAAUUUUCUGGGGGUCCCGCUUUGGCUUUCUUGAUCGUUUGUGUAUACCGCAAGAUGACCCAGAGAAGAAGAACCAAUGCGUCUACGCGCUGGCCUCCUUUUUGAACAAAUCCGACGAUCUCAUCGUGCUGUGGUCUCCGAGAUACUGGGUUGUUGGUGUGAACUUCUGCAAUCACUGUUACGGGGGAAGAGGCAUGAGGUCGCAGCGGAGACCUGGAAAGGAGACCCGAGACUCAAGACCAAAGAACGGUGUUACUGACGAUGAAUGGUCCGAUAUCGCCCUGGCCAAUCGGUACGAGAUUGCCUGCUUCCUGAUCAAGCGCAAGGAGGCGAAUCGAAUCAAGUUCCUGCCCGUGCAAAUUUCAGUUAUAUGGAUCCUGACUUACUUUGCUGUGUCAACGACAUGGCUGUCCUUCCUGCUGGUCCAAAGGUUCGGGAACGAGCUCUUUGACUGGCAUGAAACUAGCGGGAAGAUCAAUGUUGGCGUAAUGAUUGCAAUUCAGGUUGGUGUCCUCUAUCCGCCCCUGUUUUAUCUCAUGAACCAGAUGCUGUUCGACAUGGCCCAGUUGCCCACACAGCUGCAAAGUUUCGACAUCGAGACCGCCGAAUGCUUCUGCUGCUCCAACAAUCAUCGAGACCCUGUGACUGGAGAGCAGAUCCAAUGCGACCGUGAGCUCAUCUAUGGCGUAUUGCAGCUGUGGUCGUCCGGCAGUACUGCGUUGGAGGAAGGGAGUGUGCAGCGCAUCCAGCAUGUCUUCAAAAGCCAUUUGGACAAGCAUUUGCGGAUUUCGGUUGAGCAGGCCUUUACACACAGUGGGAUUCUCAUGCGCCCGUUGAUGUCUGCGGCUGCGAUCGGUUCCUUCCCUUUUUUGUGCGACUUUAUUGGCAAGGAGGGUGCCAGAGUAGUGCAAAUCUGGCCGCGCCCGAGCCCGAUCAACAACUUUGGCCUGGCUGUCUACAUGUUGUUUUGGAUGCCGAUCUUCCUCCGCAGUCUUCUGAUGCUCAGCAAGUCCAGCACUUUGCGGUGGAAUCGGUCUCGGUUCAAGUGCAUUGUUAUCGCUUGCCAAGCGGUGUCCUUGCUCCUGAUGGGCUUGCUCUUCAUCGUGGGCUAUCUGGUCUGCAUCGCAGCUAGCAAGGAUAAUUGGACGAGCAUGACGUCGCCCACGGAUCCCUUGCCCCUGUACCUGCUCAGCUUGGUGAUCCUGGGCAGCGUGAUCUUCGGUCUUCGUCAUCUAUGCCCCUGCCGGAAUGCGGUCAUCAUCGGAGGCGCACCUCCUAAGGCGCGGAAGAAACCCGCAUCACCACUGGUGGCAUUGGGGCUGUCUGAUGCCAAAGACGUGCAUGCGCCGGCAAUGACGGCCGGCGCAUCCGUCGUGUCGGAAGAGUCGACCUUUGAAAUUUGA